CUCGACAGCCGGCCUGGCCUACUCCUUGUUAUACUUGAUACUAUUAGGUGCCAUGUCGCGUUGCAGCUCCUCCACGCGCUUCCUAGCGCUGGCGCUGGCAAUUAGUUGCCUCCAUGCGAGCGUCGCCUUCAGCCCUGCAGCUGACACCAAGCUCGUGCUGGUGCUCGAAGGAGAUUCUAUUACAGAUAAUGGCAACGUGUUCAAGCUGCUGGGCGCGCCGAACCCCAAGUUCUAUUUCCCUGGGAGGUUCACAAACGGGCCAAAUUGGGUUGACUACCUGACGGACGCAGUCUCCAAGUUCGUGAAGAACGUCACGGUUCACAACUACGCAUAUGGCGGCGCUACUGCCUGCGCAAACAACGAGACUGCCACUAUAGUCCCGGUCAUCAAGGACCUUGGAAACCAGACGGCGGCAUUCCUGGCCGAUGCGGCGGCGGGCAAGGUUCCCAAGCCCAGCGCGGACACGCGUGUGGUGCUGAUCCAAUGGGUUGGCAGCAACGACAUUGACGGCGCCCUGAGGCAGCUGGCGGCGGCGCAGGCCGCCGCCGCCGCCACCAACAGCACGCCGCCGGACCUGCAGACCGCGGGUCUCGCUCUGGCCACCGCCAUUGUCACCUGCCGCCUGGCCGCUGCACAGGCGGUCGCGGCCAGUGGCGCAGUGAGCGACAUAGUGCUGCUGCCCAUAUCUCCCCUGUACCAGGCGCCCGCGGUGCCCUCGGAGUACAGGAUGGCGGUGACGCUGCUGGUGAGCGGUAUCGACGGCGCGCUUGCGGGGCAGGUGAAAACCCUGUCAGGCACCUUCUCCAGCGCUUUGAAGACCCGCCUGCACUGGGCCGGUGACUCGAGUUGGAUUGACAAGCUGAGCACCACUAUCGUCCCGCCGUUCAAGAACACCACGUAUCCGUGUCUGUGGAACCCGCGCUCGGUGCUGGAGAUACUUGACAACCUCACAUUGUGCACCGAUGUGGAGGACCGGUACUUCUUUGACCAAAUCCAUCCCACCACCCGCUUCCACAAGCACGUCGCACUCAAGGGCAUACUGCCGCGGCUGCAGCAGCUCAAGGGCGCGGUGCCGCGCCGCGUGGCGUUCAACCGCUUCAUCAUGUAGAUGUCAUGAUGCGGUUGCUGGCACGAGAUGCCGAGAGCGAGGAAGUGCUAGGGGCAUGCCAGGAAGCACCAGAUGUACCGUGACAAAAUGUUUGUCCUUCUAAAGUUGUUUGU